AUGCUGGCCUACUACAAUCUCCUGUUCUCCCUCAUGGCAGCGCCGGCCGCGGUCUUGUGCAAACCAACUAUAUUGGAUUUGAUCGCGGAUGCUAGCUCCAGCCCUUCGGUCCAUUACCCGACCCAGCUAACGCAGGGCAUUGUACCGAAGCCGAUACAUAGUCACAAUGACUACUGGCGAGACGUACCCCUACUUACCGCAUUGAGUCUCGGCGUUGCGAGCGUGGAGGCCGACGUGUGGCUGGCAAAUGGCACAUUAUUCGUUGGACACGAAGUAGCCGCCCUUACGCCCUCGCGCACGUUUACGUCGCUCUAUGUUGACCCUCUACUGUCUUUGUUGAGCAUGCAGAACCCACAAACAGAGUUCACGACCAAUCAGACUACACCAAACGGCGUCUUCGAUACGUCGUCCGCAACUCCGUUGCAACUUUUAGUGGACAUGAAGACCAACGGAGACGAGACACUGCUCGCGGUCCUCGAGGCUCUCGAGCCCCUUCGCUCCGCAGGAUACCUGACAACAGCGUCUGAAGGCAACGUCACGUUGUCCGCUGUGACCGUCGUAGGGACAGGAAACACACCACUUGAAGGCGUGCAAGCUCUUGAGCCCCGGGAUAUUUUCUUUGAUGCGCCGCUGCAAAGCUUGAAUUCAAGCGUCAACUGGGGACCGGCGCUGUCACCCAUCGCAAGCACCGACUAUGAGACAGUCAUCGGAUGGUCAGGUAUCGGAUCCAUCAAUGAUACCGCACGCGCAGCCAUCGAGCAGCUCGUCGACGAGGCGCACUCGUUUGGGAUUGCCGCUCGCUUCUGGGAUACGCCCGGCUGGCCUAUAAGCGCCCGUAACGCAGUGUGGGAGGAACUACUGACAGCCGGUACGGACUGGUUGAAUGCCGACGACCUGGAAGCAGCAUCUAAGUUUUGA